UCAGCCUUCUGGCUUCUGCUCAUGUCGAGUGUAGACAGAGCAGAGAGCGAGAGCGAAAUAAAAAUCGUAGAAAGAAAGCUGCUGCUGCUGCUUCAUAAGAUCAGAAUCAGAAUGGUGUGGGGUCUUUUUCCGGUCGAUCCUCUUUCAGGUGAAGACAAAUAUUAUAUCUUUACAAAAGGUGUCUACAAAGUUGGCCGAAAAGGUUGUGAUGUAAUUAUUUGCAAAGACAAAGGUGUUUCUCGAAUCCAUGCAGAAUUAGUUGUUGAUGAAAUGAUUUCAAUGGAUCAUCCUCUGCACAUGAAAUCUGACCUACCCUCCCGAGUUCUGAUUAGAGAUUGCUCCAAGUAUGGAACAUACAUUAACAAGGAAAAGGUACAUAAGUUCCUAAAUAAAGAAACAUUUUUAAAAGAUGGAGAUGUGGUUUCCUUUGGAACUGGUACUGCCGUCUACAGGUUCUGUUUUGUUCCACUCAUAUUUUUCAUCUACUGUUCCGAGUCCUUUCAAGUGGAUCAGCUUCUUCGAGACAAAGUCUCAUCAAUUGGUGCUUGCAUUACCUACAAUUUGAGUGAAGAGUGCACACAUGUUCUUGCUGAUGAACUCAUGCCAGUUAAAGAACAUCUUGUUGAUGCUAUUGUGUCUAAGAAACCUAUUGUUCUCAGGAGUUGGGUUGAGCUGGUUGCAGAAAAAAGGAUUGAAUUAGAAAUUCCUAGCUGGAGCUCCUAUAUUCCAACAUUGACAGUGGAAGGAGUAUCAGUCAAAGUUGCAGCAUCAGGAACUCGUGCUAAGUGUUUGGAAGGAUUCACAUGUCUACUGGAGUCAAUAAAUAUGUACAAGUUCAAGGACAGGUUGCAGUCUCUGUUGGAAGUAUGCGGUGCAAAGAUUGUUUUAGUAGAAGAAUUCUGUUCAAAUGCCAAAGGUUUGGAUUGUGGGCAAGACAGUCAUGUGGUAUGCGUCAUCCCCAGAGGAUCACCAGACAAGUUUAAUUUGUUCAACAAGCUGGGUUCAUUGUCUAGAGUGAAUGAGUUGGAUCUGUUAAGAGCUGUUUUAGCUGGACAUCUAGACUUGUCUGUUUUGGUAUCACCAUCUGUUCUUGUUUCAUCAUCAUGCUCUACUGAUGAGACAGUAGUAGCAGAUUCUGAGGCAGAAGUGGAAACACCAACAUCAGAGCAUUUCACUGCAGAUAUCUCCAAUGAAGAAGCGCCAAAAUAUGUGAACAAACUGGAAAUGUCAAUUGACCCUCAUCUUAGAUCAGAAAAUAUCCAUGUUGUAAGCUCUACUUACAGUAUUGGUAACAUGACAGCAAAACGAGAAACAGUUGAUGAGGCUGAAAGUGGAAAUUCUGAUAUUAUUUAUAGCCAAGAUUUAAUCAUUAGAGAUUUGAAUUUACCUGCUCAAAUCAGUUCGACUCCAAAUAAUGAAGUUUUGAAUUUCAAACGCUUCAGAAAGGGUAACACUCAAUCAGGGAAUAGUUUCAACAAUCUGAUUCCAUUCUCGAAAUAUCCAUACAAAGAUUUUGACUAUGGGAAUCAGGAUAUGCUCGAGUCUGUGAAGGAAGAGAAAAGGCGAAAGCAAAUGGAAGCAAUUGCAGAGGACUUAUUCAACACUGAAAAGGGAAGGCGGCGUGGAGUUGCUGGUUCUCUUCACGUACUUCUUACACGUGGCUGACAACAGGAAUGAGGCUACUGUUGAUCAUCUUCUUCAUUGUUGUGCAAUAUCCACUAAAUUCUGAGCUACCUUUUCCCUGUAUCGGUAUUCUUUGGAAUGAGUUUGAAACGAUAUGAUAUCUGGAGGAAAGGGGAAGGGGGCAGUAUUGCCAUAUGUAGCAAGUUCCUUUGAUGUGUGAUAUGAUAACAUUUCACUGGAGAAUGAAGCGAGUAGUAUUUGAGGGUUUGGAGCAGUAAGAACCCGAUUCAUUAUUUCUA